GGUGCACUUCCGGCUGUCGUCCUAAGCCACGCCCCCAUCACUCCUUACUCUGCUUCUAGUUCUUUCCAGCCCCGUGUAACGCAGUGUGGACACUGAGCUCGUCUCUGCCAACCAUGGACCCACGGAAGGUGCAGGAGCUGCGGGAGUUCGUCCGCCUGUGUCAGAGCAACCCGGCCGUGCUGCACCGCUCCGAGCUCGGCUUCUUCGCGGAAUGGCUGCUGAGCAUGGGGGCAUCUAUUCCAUCUCCACCUCCUGAAGAAUCUCCUCCAGAGCCCAGUAAGGAAGAACCCGUGAAGGAUAACAAUGUCCCACCUGAAAAGCCAGAGAGUGAAGAAAGUGACCUGGAAAUUGACAAUGAAGGAGUGGUUGCUGCAGAUGAAGAUGCCCCUCAAGAAAUGGGAAAUGAUGAAUUGGAGGUUACUGAAGAAAUGAUGGACCAGGCAAAUGAUAAGAAAAUGGAGGCAAUUACAGCAUUGGGAAAUGGUGAACUCCAGAAUGCCAUUGAUUUAUUUACAGAAGCUAUUAAACUUAACCCACAGCUUGCUAUUUUAUAUGCAAAGCGAGCAAGUGUUUAUGUGAAGCUAGAAAAGCCAAACGCAGCAAUCCGUGACUGUGAUAAAGCCAUUGCCAUCAACCCUGAUUCAGCUCAGCCAUACAAGUGGAGAGGAAAAGCACACAGGCUUCUGGGACACUGGGAAGAUGCUGCACAUGACUUGGCAAUGGCCUGCAAACUGGAUUAUGAUGAAGAAGCAAGCGCGAUGCUUAAAGAAGUCCAACCACGUGCUCAGAAAAUUAUAGAACACAAACGAAAAUAUGAACGUAAGCGCCAAGAAAAAGAAAUUAAUGACCGCAAGGAGCGACUGAGAAAAGCCAAAGAAGAACAUGAAAGGGCGCAGAGGGAAGAAGAGGCAAGGCAUGAUGCUGGAGCACAGUUUGGAGGUUUCCCAGGAGGAUUCCCUGGUGGAAUGCCUGGAAUGGCUGGAGGAUUCCCUGGUGGUAUGCCCGGAAUGGCUGGAGGAUUCCCUGGUGGUAUUCCCGGUAUGGCUGGAGGAUUCCCUGGUGGCAUGGCUGGAAUGCCAGGAGUAAGCGAAAUCCUUUCUGACCCAGAGGUCUUGACUGCUAUGCAGGAUCCCGAGCUGAUGGCUGCAUUUCAAGAUGUAGCUCAAAACCCAGCCAACAUAUCAAAAUAUCAGAACAACCCAAAAAUGAUGAAUCUCAUAGGCAAACUGUCUAGUAAAUUUGGAGGCGGUGUGUAGUUUACAGGAAGUCUUUAAAGACAAGCCUAUGAUGAAGAAACUUAUAUGAUCGUGUGCAGCUACAGAUUCUGAUGACUGUUGUCCUCUAUUAUUUUCCUUCUUUGUAAUGACAAAUACUGUAUCACAGAUAUUGGCUGGUAAAGAAUAUAUUCCUUUCAUAAAAGAAUUUAUACAUUUAAGAAAAUACAAAUCCUGCCUGUGGUUUUUUUUCUCCCUGUCAGUAUAACUCAUCUGAUGUGAAUUCCUACAACAACUUGACAUUUUCACAAAUAAAAAUGCCAUUAUAUAUAGCAAUAUCUGAUUAGCAAUAUAAUAAACUAUAAAGUGUCACUAUU